AACUUGCACUCGACAUGGGCGCAAGUUUUCCCGUCGGGUGCGACCUUUGGCUUCUUGGAUUCCCGGGAAUCAGCUCGUGAAGUUCUACGAGACGCCAUUUUGGCCAUUUCGUUCGGUACGAUAGUCGAGAGGACGGCAGUGGAAGGUCAAUAUGGCGACGGAGACAGAGUUUUGUGCGGAUGACAGUCUACGAGACCACAUUCUCGUCGCGGUGGCAAAGUCUGUGGAAUCGGAAGCGCAGGAGCUGCACGUGACCGUGUCUCCUCGAGCCAUGACGGCGAUGGGUGACCUCGUGCUCAAGUAUUUGGAGCAGAUGGCUCGGGAUUUGGAGACGUUCGCGCAACAUGCAGGGCGCAAAUCUGUGAACAUGGACGACGUGCUUCUCACGGUUCGUCGGAACCCAAGUAUUGCUGCAAAUUUGACAUCUGUGCUGCAGGAGCUUGCCACUACUUCCAAAAAAAAUCAGGCGGACAAACUAAAGAAGAAGCAGGAUGUCGAAGAGGCUCCCCUCGAGAAGCCGAAGAGGAGAAAAAAAGACCCUGAUGAUGUGCAGCCCGGGAACGUGAAGCUGAAGAAGAAGCAGGAUGACGUGCAGGUUGGGAAACUGAGGAAGGGGCUAGAGUUUGACGAGGGCGAGGAACUGCGAAAGAAAUUCAUGACUGGUAGUAGACCAUGAGAAUGUCUGCCACAUCGCUGAGUAGCUCGAAACGAGCCAAUCAUCGCUAGCCACCAAACGGGAAGACAAUGUAGACGUGAAGCUUCUCUACAUUCUCUUACGGAGCGUAACGAUUCUGCGUCACAUCUUGCACCAGGUACUUUCAACAACUUGACAAGUCGGGUCUGCUGUCUGCCGUCUUGGGCAAAGCUAUACCCGAAGCAAUUUCAGAAUUACACUCAAACCAUAUCUUCCAGUUCGAGCGUGUUUAGUCGUGUUGUGUUUCCGCAGUCGUGCAGUCGGAAGACGUAACUUUUUGUGCAGAACAGAACAGAGUAGGUAGAUAAGCUUCUGUACAUUAUAUCUCUAAAUAUCCGCAGUGCCUGUGCGAGACUGCGCAAAGUCGUAGGUUUUCAAACUUACUGUGCACAAUCCCUUUUUUAGUGGUGGAUUCGUGUCGCAAUCUCGAUCCUCAACUUC